AUGGAGGACUUUCUGCUCUCCAAUGGGUACCAGCUGGGCAAGACCAUUGGGGAAGGGACCUACUCAAAAGUCAAAGAAGCAGUUUCCAAAAAACACCAAAGAAAAGUGGCAAUUAAAAUUAUAGACAAGAUGGGAGGGCCAGAAGAAUUUAUCCAGAGAUUCCUGCCUCGGGAGCUCCAGAUUGUCCGUACCCUGGACCACAAGAACAUCAUCCAAGUGUAUGAGAUGCUGGAGUCUGCCGACGGGAAAAUCUACCUGGUGAUGGAGCUGGCUGAAGGAGGGGAUGUCUUUGACUGUGUGCUGAAUGGGGGGCCACUGCCCGAGAGCCGGGCCAAGGCCCUCUUCCGUCAGAUGGUCGAGGCCAUCCGCUACUGCCAUGGCUGUGGCGUGGCCCACCGGGACCUCAAGUGUGAGAACGCCUUGUUGCAGGGCUUCAACCUGAAGCUGACAGACUUUGGCUUUGCCAAGGUGUUGCCCAAAUCACGCCGGGAGCUGAGCCAGACCUUCUGCGGCAGCACCGCCUACGCUGCCCCCGAGGUGCUGCAGGGUAUUCCACACGACAGCAAGAAGGGUGACAUCUGGAGCAUGGGCGUGGUCCUGUACGUCAUGCUCUGUGCCAGCCUACCUUUUGACGACACAGACAUCCCCAAGAUGCUGUGGCAGCAGCAGAAGGGGGUGUCCUUCCCCACUCAUCUGGGCAUCUCGGCCGAAUGCCAGGACUUGCUCAAGCGGCUCCUGGAACCAGACAUGAUUCUCCGGCCUUCAAUUGAAGAAGUUAGUUGGCAUCCAUGGCUAGCAAGCACUUCAUAAAAGCAAUGGCAAGUCCUCCCCAAUAAAGUAGGGGGAGAAAGCAAACCCAAAAACCCGCUUCUAAAAUGGUGAUAUAUAUAUAUUUUACAUUUUAAGUUUACUUAUCCUAAACUUACCUACACCCUCCCCAGCCUUACUUCUCUUUCCCUUUAAAGAUCUUCAUGGAACCAGAGGGCCUCAUUCAGACUUCCCUUUUAUUAUGGCUGACAAGUGAUUUUCAUACAGGUGUUUAACUAAAGUUACUUAAAAAUAGACCCCAGAA